AUGCCCAAGUGUGCAUUGUCAAGCUCAAGAUGCCCAAGUGUGCAAGGGAGAGCCUUUAAAUACAAUGCUUUAGUGGAUUCUGGAGCAAGCAUCAAUCUGAUCUCUCUCUCCAUGGCAGAGAAGCUAGGCAUAGCUGGAGCCUUGCAGCGCCCUACUACUUCAAUCAUCUUUGGAGAUGCAACUACUAAGUCUCCUCUUGGAGUGUUCAAGAACUAUCACUUGAAAAUUGGAGAAUGCAUCAUCCAAACUGAUCUCACUGUGAUGGAAAUGGAAGAAGAGAAGGAUUUGCCUUUUAUUGGGAACCCCUUUCCUUAUACCAAUCUCAGUUCUAAGAGUCAUGGAGCUACAAAGGUUGUGAAGGAAAGGGUUGACAAGGAACCAAGAGUUGGGAAGGAUAAGGAUGAGAGAGGACCAAGGAUUGAGAAGCCACGUCUUGAGAGGGCUAGAGUUGAGAAACCACGAUCUGAUAGGCCAAGAGCUGAGCGACUUGUUCAAGCCCCUUGUGUGCUUGAUGAAGAGAGCCUUCAAGCUUUGUUUGAUGAGCCACUAGGAAGGGCUCUACAAGAAGGGGAGGAUGCAGCCUCUAAGGCAAGACCAGGAGAUAAAAGAAAGGAUCCACCAGCUCAGGCCCCUUCAGUCAAGCCAUCUCAGCUCACAAUGACUUUGUUCCCCACCAAGUUUGAAAAUGGGAAGAUUGAGUACAAGAUAAGGUACAAGGGGAGAUCAAGGCCAUUCUCUAGAGCCAAGGCCUUGGUGACUUCAGAACAGUCCAGGGACCCAACCAAGCUAAAGGAGCUUCUGUCUCAAGUCCUCACUAUCACCCUUGAUGGUGGGACUAGCUCAACCAAUGCCUAA